GAUAGCAGGAGCUUAUACACGAGAGAGCACACACACACCAUACGCUUAUAUUUCAAGACAGUCAGUCAAGCUUUCCGUCACUGACACUCACUCCCACUCCAACUGCUGCACCAGGAGCUGUCAGCAGCACCCAGACGGGGCAAGAUAUCAUUUCUUUUUCUUUACUGUCCUGCUUACUCUUUCCUGUCAGCAACUUAAGGGGAAAGAAUUCGACAUUAUCCAGCUAGCGGGUACCUACAGAAUGAUGAGUUCUCGAGAGUGCUGAAACGCAGCCCUCCCUCACUGCAGCUUCCGUGAGGGAGGCUCCCGGUUACUGGUUUUGCGUGCUUGGGACCGAGGGCAAUCGCCGAGUGCCCAGUACUUUGGUUUUAGUGUUGCAGUGCCGUUAGAGCAACAGACACGAAUUGGCCCAGCAUCCGAUCUAACUGCAACCCCCAGUGUGGUGGUGACAUGCUGCCAAAAGUGGAGAGUGACUGUCUGCAAGGACUCGCUCGACUGUCGCACGGGGAUCAAGGCCAGUUACCCGACAACAUGCAAGGGUCUCACUUCAAGAUGAUGGAUUACUCCUACGACGAGGACCUGGACGAGCUGUGCCCAGUUUGUGGUGACAAGGUCUCCGGCUACCACUAUGGACUCCUGACCUGCGAAAGCUGCAAGGGGUUCUUUAAAAGGACUGUACAGAAUAACAAAAGGUACACCUGCAUCGAGAACCAGAGCUGUCAGAUAGACAAAACUCAGAGGAAGCGAUGUCCUUACUGUCGCUUCCAAAAGUGUCUCAAUGUUGGCAUGAAACUGGAAGCUGUGAGGGCUGAUCGCAUGCGUGGAGGUCGAAACAAGUUUGGACCAAUGUAUAAAAGAGAUAGAGCACUGAAGCAACAGAAAAAAGCUCUUAUUCGAGCUAAUGGACUGAAACUGGAAGCUAUGACACAAGUAAUACAAACAAUGCCUACUGACCUUACCAUAUCAUCUGCAAUCCAUAACAUCCAUUCUUCCUCUAAAGGCCUACAUCUAAACCAUACUGCCUUGCCUCCUACAGACUAUGACAGAAGUCCCUUUGUGACAUCUCCAAUUAGCAUGACAAUGCCACCACAUGGAACUAUUCAAGGUUAUCAAGCCUAUGGCCAUUUUCCAAGCCGUGCUAUCAAAUCUGAGUACCCAGAUCCUUACGCUAGCUCACCAGAGUCGUUAAUAGGCUACCCUUACAUGGACACAUACCAGAACAGUUCCCCAACAAGUAUACCACAUUUGGUACUAGAACUCUUGAAAUGUGAGCCAGAUGAACCCCAGGUACAAGCCCGAAUUUUGGCAUAUCUACAGCAGGAGCAGGCCAGCAGGAGUAAACAUGAAAAGCUCAACACGUUUGGACUUAUGUGCAAAAUGGCUGACCAAACAUUGUUCUCCAUUGUUGAAUGGGCGCGGAGCAGCAUUUUCUUCAGAGAACUUAAGGUUGAUGACCAAAUGAAGCUUCUUCAGAAUUGCUGGAGUGAGCUCCUAAUUCUAGAUCACAUUUACCGACAAGUGGUACAUGGGAAAGAAGGCUCCAUCCUUCUUGUUACCGGGCAACAGGUAGACUACUCAAUCGUAGCUUCCCAAGCAGGUGCUACUCUCCACAAUCUUUUGAGUCGAGCACAAGAACUGGUUACAAAACUACGAUCACUACAAUUUGACCAAAGGGAAUUUGUCUGUCUCAGGUUUCUGGUGCUUUUCAGUUUAGAUGUUAAGAAUCUGGAAAACUUUCAUCUUGUGGAAAGUGUUCAGGAGCAAGUGAAUUCUGCACUGUUGGACUAUACAAUGUGCAACUACCCUCAGCAAACAGACAAAUUUGGGCAGCUGCUUCUUCGGCUACCAGAGAUUCGGGGUAUCAGUUUGCAAGCAGAAGAAUACCUCUACUACAAGCAUCUGAAUGGGGAUGUGCCAUGUAAUAACCUCCUUAUUGAAAUGUUGCAUGCAAAACGGGCUUAAUCUGGCCCAAAGUGAGUCGGCCAUUUUGUCAGUCAUAUGAACUACUUGAGCAACUGACUUAGAAAAAGACAGGGGAUGAAAUAUUACAGUAUUGCCUAUAUGCAUCCUUAACACUAUGUACAGUAAGUGAUGUGUUAUGGUACAACAAGCUGUGAAUCCAGACCUGGUCAAUCCCCAGAAAUGGACACCGUCAGAUGUUCUGCAAAAAUAUGAAGGCUGGCUGAUUCAGCUGCAGAAGAUGAACAUGAAGCAGACAAGCUGGUCACUACAUGCUGGUCAGUGCUGUGUUGAAACACCACACCCACAUGAACUAAUGGUGCAUAAACUACAGUAGAGAGGAGGUACCAUACUAUGUGCCCUUUCUGGAUAACUGGAUUUGAAACUUGGAUGGUUCCAAUGGAUACCUAAAAUAUUGUAAACUAGUCAACUCAAUGGCAAAGUCUAUUUCUCCUUUCACUCACCAUUAUGGUACCCAUUAUGGAAAUACAAGCACUGGUGGUCACUAUCUAAGUCUGACCCACUAUAAACUGAGAUAACUGGAUUGUAAAACACUUGGUAAAACACUUGGAAAUGGCUGUAAAGAAAAUUUCACAUACAUUUGUAUCUGCUUGAUGCAGGAUGUAGGUCGUUGCUGGUAUGUUUAUAUAUUAUUUAACCCAGCAGUGUCCCAAUCCUUCAUCAUACCCAUUCUAUAUCUAAUGAUCGCCAGGAGGCAUACAUACGUCAAAAAUGCCAGGACUCUUGCUUUCAUUUGUAUGUCCUCUAUUGGUAUACAUUUGAUUGUCCAACUCUGUGAUUUGCAGCUUUUUUCUUGCAAAAAUUUUGUAAACUUCCACUCACUGGUUACUGUUACAAAACCAAUUAACUUGAUGAAUUAUAUAAAUCUAUUUAUAACACUAAGGAAUUCCCUGGUUAACCAUGACACAUACAAUACCUAUCUGUUAAAUGUAUCAUGAUUUAUAUAAUAAUGUUUUCAUUGUCAACAUUUUUGUUCAGUUGGCUCACACUUUUCGUAUAUAGUUUGAAACUGGAACCAAGUUACAAAAUUAACAUAUCAGAUAAGGUGAAAGAACAAACUGCUGAGAAAUUUUCAAGUGUAGCAUUUUAGGUCUUUUAAUACCAAACUGUGUUCCUGAAAUAAAAAUUAAUUGGCAAAAAUUAAGCAUUUAUUAUUUUGAAGAGACAUUGAAAUAAAUUACCAUCAAAAUACAAUAUAUUAGAAUUUUGAAAUCAUACGAUGCUUUUAAAACCUCCAUUGUUGAUGUUAAUCUAACCUCCUAUGAGUGGAUAUAUAUAUAUGUGAAACUCAGUAAAAUAGGAGUACUAUACAGUCAUCUGCACAUAUGCAACAAACAGCAGACAACUGUAAUAAUGCAUCUAAUAACACACUUUGAAAAAGAAAUCAUUGAACCUCGUUUAAUGACAGUUUGUUAAAGUAUUUCAAAUGCUCAUUUGUAGACCGUUUACUAAAGCAGCUAUACCUAAGAUUUUGUUUAAUUACCUCAUAUAGUGGUAUUAUGAAAGGAUUUAUUCAAACAAGCCACCUAACAGAUAUGACCUGAAUACCAGUAAAGACAUGGUCGAAGCUUAUAAUAAAAUAACUGUCAUUAAAAACUGACAUAGAACUGGAGUGAUGGUAGCAUAAAGUCAUGGUUUCACCAUUACAAGUUUUGCCUUAUUUCAUUACCUUUCUAACUGUGCAAAUGUGAAUGAAAACUUAGUAAAGAAAAUGUUAAGUAUUAAUACUGUAAAUUCAGAGAUACAUGUGGCGUUUACAUAAACUUGAUGCUGUGGGAAAGGACUCUGAGGAUACAAAUUGCAAAGCAAUGAUUUCCUUAAUUACACUUUGAUUGGUAACUUUUUCUUACCAGUACUUAAUUAUGUCGUGAGACACUAAAAUCAAAACAGGAAUCUUACUGAGAAAUAAAUUUUAGAAAAUACUUAUAUUUACUGCACGCUUACUUGUAGAGUUUGUAAAAUGGGCCCUUCUUCCUAUUUUUUAAACUAAUGUCCUUAUGUUUUUCCCUAGUCGGCCAUUUUUGUUUUAUACUGUAUAUCAUAACUGUAGACAACUAUAACGCUAAUUUAUUGCUCCAUAGUUUCAUCUCUGUGUAAGAUACAGCACGACUACCCAAACCAAAUAUACUUGUUUACAGUAGCACAUUUUCAGGUUACUCAAAAAUGGUUCAGGGAUGUAUCACAAUGAUUAAGUAGUUUAAAUAGUUGACUACAUGUCUGGAGAUCUUAAAUAUUCACAAAAAUAGUAGCUUAUUUAAAAUCUGUUGUAAAUUAUAUGACAUGCAGUUCUGUCUGUUUUUAUUAAUUCAAAAUGGCUUAUUUUUACAUUUAUACUUGUAUUUUAUGCAUUCUGUACCAAAGACUUUAGUUGCGAAAUAUUUGUUUAUUUUCAUACCUCACAGAAGAGGUAGAAUGAUGGUCUGUAGUAACCUGGGACUGAAAGUGCAAUACCCUCUUAUAGGGUAGGUAAAACAAAAGCAUUUGAAUGCUGUUUGCCAUAAAAUUCAUGCUAGCUUCCUGUCGUUAUCUUACUGGCAACAUGAAAGCAUUUAUUGUUUUGGGUGACUUAGAUACCGUAUGUGAAAAAAAUAUUUUACUGGUCAACGGACAUGUCUGAUUUAGAGAAAUGAAGCUCAUUAAGUGGACUGAAGAAUGCUGUGGUCAGCAUAUACUUUCAUAACAUGGAUUGCCUGUCACAGUUCCAUAUAACAGUAUUACGCCAAGAAGCAGAGGCUCAAUGAUAUAUGUGUUAGGAGAUAGCGGUUGUUAGAUAGGUAUUUACAUGGUGUCAUUUCACAAAUGAAAAGAGAAAACUAUCACGCUACCCACUAGGGUAGCAAUUCUACUAUAUUUAAUAAGUGUACAUUUAAUAAAUAUAAAUUACAAGUGGAUGAGAUUCCAGCCCUGUAAAAGUUAGGAUUUUGGUACUUUAGAAAACUUUGAACACAACUGCAAGUCACUGCUCAUAAACCUAUUACAUUGCUGCCUAUUAAUGACAUCAGUAGCCAUGGUUUUGUAAUAACUUACUGUCUUUCAAAUAAUUGGUCACAUUAAUAAAAAAUAAAAGUGGAUAAACAGAGA